CGUGGGCGGGGCCUGUCGGCGGUGUCGCGGCGCUGUCGCCGGCGGGCGCGGAGCGAUGCGGCGGCGCGGCGGCGACAGGGACGGCGACAGCGGCGACAGCGGCGACAGCGGCCGGGCGGAGGGCAGGGCCGGCGCGGCCCGGCAGCAGCGGGGCCGACGUUCCUGGCUCCCCUGCCUGGGGACCCUCCUCCUGGGAAUGCUCCUCAUCUACAUCUCCGUGCCCUUCCUCAUCCGCCUCUUCCCCAGCGUGCUCACCAAAUUUGUCUACCUGAACUUCCUGGCCUUCCCCUUCUUCGCGGACUUUCGGCGGCCGGAGCUGCUGGUGAACAACACCAUCAGCCUGCACCUCACCACCGAGCCGGGCGUCACCGUUGGCAUCUGGCACACGGUGCCGGGCAGCAGAGCGGCCGAGGCGCGGGGCCAGGACCGGCGCUGGUACGAGGAGGCACUUGCUGAUGCUCACCCCGUGAUCAUCUACCUGCACGGCAAUGGAGGCACCAGGGCUGCGCGUCACCGUGUCCAGUUCCUGAAGACGAUGGGGGCUGCUGACUUCCACAUCCUGGCUCUGGACUACAGAGGCUAUGGGGACUCCACUGGACACCCCACGGAGAGCGGCUUCACCACGGAUGUCCUGGCACUCUACGACUGGGCGAAAGCACGGAGUGGGAACAGCAGCAUCCUCUUCUGGGGACACUCCCUGGGGACAGGGAUUGCCACAAAUGCAGCAAGGAAACUGCAGGAGGAGCGAGGGGUCCAGGUUGAUGCCGUUGUCCUGGAGUCUCCCUACACCAACAUCCGAGAGGCAGCUGCCCACAUCCCCAUCACCAAGAUCUACCGCCAGUUCCCGGGUUUUGGGUACCUCAUCCUGGACUCGCUGGCUCGGGCUGACAUGUUCUUCAGCAGCGAUGAGAACGUGAAGGUGCUGGCCUGUCCCCUCCUCAUCCUGCAUGCAGAAGAUGAUGGUGUUGUGCCUCCACACCUGGGACGCAAGCUCUAUGAGACAGCUCACAGCGCCUACAAGGACAAAACCAAAGUGAAGUUCAUUACCUUUCCCAAAAAGUUGGGCUUGGGCCACGACUACAUCUCGUUCAACCCGGAGCUGCCAGCCCUGGUGAAAGACUUUUUGAACAUGAAGUGACGCCAACUGCUGCGUGCAGCGACCACGCGCUCCCUCCAUCCCACUCCAGGACCCCCACAUGGCACUGAGCUUACUGCUGUAAGUAAUAAAAACUACUGAAAAACCUUUUAA